AUGCGACGAGUAGUACGAAUAUUACUUGUUGGAGACGACGGCGUUGGGAAGAGCACUCUCAUUACGUCGCUCAUUAAGGAGACAUUCGUCCCUAAUAUUCAACACGUCGUUCCCGAAGUUACAAUUCCACCAGAUGUCACACCAGAAAAUGUUAUUACACACAUUGUAGAUUCUUCAGCUCGUCCAGAAAAUCGUGAACAAUUAGAGAAUGAGAUUAGAAAGGCACAUGUGAUAUGUAUUGUCUACUCUGUAGACGAUCAACAUACGUUUAAUCGGUUGGCUUCUUAUUGGUUGCCAUAUAUUAGAGGACUUGGGGUGAAUGUGAGCAAAAGAGGGGAAAUACCAAAAAAAGUCCCUGUCGUGCUAGUAGGAAACAAAAUCGAUCUUCGAGGGGAUCAAGUCACUAAUCAAUCGUUGGAAGAUGAAAUAGUACCUAUAAUGAAUGAGUUUAAGGAAGUAGAAACCUGUGUAGAAUGUUCAGCAAAACACACAUUAAAUGUAUCGGAAGUAUUCUAUUUUGCACAGAAAGCUGUACUUCAUCCAACAGCACCUUUGUAUGAUUCAAGGGAUCAUGUUUUGAAACCGGCUUGUAUUGAUGCUUUAAAAAGAAUUUUUAAUCUAUGCGAUAUUGAUAAAGAUGGUGUGCUGAAUGAUGAUGAAUUAAAUGAAUUUCAGCGUAAAUGUUUUAAUGCACCACUUCAACAACAAGAACUUGAAGGAGUCAAGGAAGUUGUAAAAGAACAUGAACCUGCUGGUGUUAAUGAAGUUGGAUUGACUGAACUUGGUUUCUUAUUUCUUCACACACUUUUCAUACAAAGAGGUCGCCUGGAAACCACAUGGACAGUUUUACGUAAAUUUGGUUAUGGUGAUGAUUUAUCGUUACGAGAACAUUUUCUUUAUCCCCAAUUUGACGUACCCCACGAUUGCUCUGUAGAAUUAAGUCCUAAUGGAUAUCAAUUUUUUACUGAUAUAUUUCAAGUUUUUGAUAAGGAUAAAGAUGGUGCAUUGAAGGAUAGCGAACUUGAACAAUUGUUUAGCACGACAACAGGUAAUCCAUGGAUAAAUUCUGGAUUCCCUCAUACAACAAUUACAAAUGAAGCUGGAGCCGUAACAUUACAAGGAUGGUUAGCACAAUGGAGGACAACAUUAUCUUAUUUAGCUUAUUUGGGAUUUGAGGGUGAUACCACAACAGCGUUGAAAAAAACAAAGCCAAGGAAGGCGGAUAGAAAACGAAAUAAAGUUCAAAGAAAUGUUUUCCUGGCUUACGUUUUUGGAGCUGCGGGAUCUGGUAAGUCAUCACUAUUACGAGCAUUUGUUAACAAACCCUUUACAGAAGGAUAUACACCUACCUCAAGAUCAUUUAGUGUUGUAAAUUCGGUCGAGAUAAAAGGGGCAGAAAAAUAUUUAGUGCUUCAAGAAUUUGGUUCUAAAUAUGAAGCUGAAAUACUUCAAAACAAACGUAAAUUGGAAGCAUGUGAUUUGAUAUGUUUCGUAUAUGAUUCAAGUGAUGCGAAUUCUUUUUCUUAUAUCGUUGACCUUCGGAAACGACACAAUUUAGAUAAUUUUCCUACAGUAUUUGUCGCUACAAAGAGUGAUUCGGAUUUGGUACAACAGCGAUAUGAAGUUCAACCAGAUGUAUAUUGUCGAAAUCUUGGUCUCGCUGUUCCUCUCAGUGUGUCUGUUAAAAAACAACAAACCGCAGAUCUAUGGAAUCUUUUGACAGGGGUAUCUAUAAACCCUGCCAUAGCCACCCCAGGAUCAGAGGAUUCAGCAGAUGGUGCUUCAAAAUUUAAAAGAUAUUUAACAUUCACGGCAGUGAUGGGAGCAAUAGUAGGUGCCGCAUUUAUGGGAUAUAGGUUAUUCCAACAACAACGGGGAUUUGGAAUAUUCGUAAAAUGGAUAUUAUAUUUCUUACGAAAUCGUGUGGUAUGUGCCUUUAUAGGGUACUUUUCACCACCAAGAAGAUAG